GGGCGCUUUCUCCAUCGUCCGGCGAUGCGUGAAGGUGUUGGCAGGACAAGAGUAUGCGGCCAAGAUCAUCAACACCAAGAAGCUGUCUGCUCGAGAUCACCAGAAGCUGGAACGAGAAGCUCGAAUCUGUCGCCUCCUGAAGCACCCCAACAUUGUGAGGCUCCAUGACAGCAUCUCUGAAGAGGGCCACCACUACCUGAUAUUUGACCUGGUCACCGGUGGGGAGCUGUUUGAGGACAUUGUGGCCAGGGAGUACUACAGCGAAGCGGAUGCCAGCCACUGCAUCCAGCAGAUCCUGGAGGCCGUCCUGCACUGCCACCAGAUGGGGGUGGUCCACCGGGAUCUGAAGCCUGAGAACCUGCUGCUGGCAUCCAAGUUGAAGGGUGCUGCCGUCAAGCUGGCUGACUUUGGCCUUGCCAUCGAGGUGGAAGGGGAUCAGCAAGCAUGGUUUGGUUUCGCCGGCACCCCGGGAUACCUCUCCCCCGAGGUGCUCCGGAAGGAUCCCUAUGGCAAAGCCGUGGACCUGUGGGCUUGCGGUGUCAUCCUCUACAUCCUGCUGGUUGGGUACCCGCCCUUUUGGGAUGAGGACCAGCACCGACUCUACCAGCAGAUCAAGGCUGGAGCUUACGAUUUCCCCUCCCCUGAGUGGGACACGGUCACUCCUGAAGCGAAAGAUCUCAUCAACAAGAUGUUGACCAUAAACCCGUCCAAGCGCAUCACGGCAGCGGAGGCUCUGAAGCACCCCUGGAUAUCGCACCGUGCCACCGUGGCAUCAUGCAUGCACAGGCAGGAGACGGUGGACUGUCUGAAGAAGUUCAAUGCCCGGAGGAAGCUGAAGGGAGCCAUCCUCACCACCAUGCUGGCCACCAGGAACUUCUCCG